AUGCAUCCAGAGGAUAUCCUGAAGUUGAUCAUCAAAAGGGUCAAGGAAAGAACUGACGGUUUUAAAGACCCAAACGAACGCAGAGGCCUUCAACUCAAAGAUGUCGUUAAACCCUAUCCCAACGAUCAGCCUUUGCCAAAGCGGAGAAAAAUACGCUUUCUGGACGAGUUAUUCAUCGAGAAAAUGGAGUAUGCUUUAGAAAACAGUGAACCUACUUCAAAAGUAGUCAAGUUGCGUGGACCAAGAAACUACCAUGAAUGGCGAGUGAACUGGGAAGACCACAUCCACAAUUUGGGUAUUUAUGAUGGAUACUUUCUUCGACAGUACCAUGAGAAGUUUGAGGAUACAUCCGACGAACCAAUCAGUUACGAAAGGUUUAGAGCAUCGAGACCGGAGAACUUGAAAAAAGCCUGUGACUUGGCUGACGAAUUCUUGACCAGAGAGAUCAAAAGCACCGUUGAUAAGAAACUCUUAAAUCAGGUAAGAGCUUCUACCUACCAUGGGAUUCUCGAAAGAGUCCGAAUGAUCGAAACGUUGAACCCUCAUAGAGUCAAAGCGGGUGAAGCGUACUCUUAUCUGAAACGAAUUAACAAUAUCGGAACGUUCGAGUCGAGGCAAGAACAUCACUCUAUAUAUGAGCCCGAUUGGGUCGUCAGAGUGAUUGGUGAUAGUGUGGAUGUCACCAAAUACGACCUUGAAGCUGUAGCUCAGGUUUUCGAGAGAGUGGAGAAGGAUAAGCUCAGGGAGGCAUAUGAGGAAGCCGCCGAUAAAACGAGGCCUAUUUCCACGAUCCAGAUGGAAUUCGAGCGUAGAGUGAGGGAGAUAUGUUACUCGAAGUUGGGAGCACCAAUGAUACCAGACGACUUUUCAGACUACGACUGA